GUUUCGUGAGAGAAGCAGCCCACACGUCUGAAAAGGGGGAAGACCAUGGUUUAUUGACAUGUGGAGCAGAAAAACAUGAAGUGGAUGAAAUGUCAAAGAGGUUUAGCAAUUUACAGAUCUCAACAACUUAAUAUGUGUAAGAGAGAAGCUCAAACAUCAUAUGGGUGUAUUUCAUAGAUAAUGCAGGAAGCCAAAGCCAGUUUGGCGCGCUCCGGUCAGGUUCAACAGAUCUUGUUCUUGUGGCUUAUUAGUAUGUGAACAAAUUGUCAAAGGUGGUGACUGAUUCUGUUGUGAUCUUUAGCAGCAGAGGGACCUUGCAGAAAUAUUUAACGGUCAUAUUUUAUUUGUUCUUAUCCAAGAUUUACUUCAUCUGUGCACAAGCCACUGGGAACACCCAUAAAUUUCACUAGGAGAAAUGACACUUCGAAGUCAUCACCAAAAUUUCACUAUGAGUAACAAAUGCUCGACUGAUGCUGUGGACAAUUUGACGAAGACGCUGGACUUGGUGAUCUAUGUGCCCAUCUUGGUUUUUGGACUGCCAUUGAACAUCAUGGCAUUGUUUGUCUUCUGUCAUCUGCUCAGAAAAUGGACAGAGUCCUCCAUUUAUAUGACCAACCUGGCUUUGAUGGAUCUACUGUUACUACUGCAGUUACCCUUCAAAAUACAUGCAACACACCACAUGUGGGCAACCGACAAAAAGCUUUUCUGCUCUUUCUUAGAAAGCCUAUAUUUUGUGGGUAUGUAUGGUAGCAUCUAUACAAUUGCCUGCAUAGCUUUAGAUCGAUACAUUGCAAUAAAACACCCAUUUCAAGCUAAACAGGUGCGUUCGAGAAAAACAGCCCUGAUUGUUUGUAUUUUUAUAUGGGUGUUUGUUAUGGUAGCAGUUUCACCCAUCUACACCUUUCGAGAAGAUAAAAAGGAUAUGGAGGAUUUCCACUGUUUCCAUGGUUUCUCUAAUAAGGGCUGGACUACUGCAGUUAUUGUGUGUUUGGAGUUCUUCGGCUUCCUGUUACCUGCUUUCGUACUGGUAGUUUGCUCUGCUCAGAGCGUCCAUACACUCAAGGCCUCAAAAAGUAUCAACCCCAUGAGGCAGGCUGGGGUGAGAAUCAUCUAUAGCAGCCUAGCAGCCUUCCUAAUACCAUUCACCCCUUGUCACCUGGCCAUCCUCCUUCAGUAUCUGGUCCGUAAUGACUUUAUUUUGGACUGCAAACAUCAAGAGAGCAUUGCUCUGUUCAUUCAGGUGUCUAUGAGCCUUGCAAACAUGACCAGCUGCUUGGAUGCACUUUGCUACUAUUUCAUUGCAAAGGAAGUUCGAUCCACCAAGAACACAGUUAGACUGAGCAUCAGCAGAGCAAGGGCCACCAGCACCUCAGAAGUCUGAGAUG